AUGGGCGCCUUUCUUUUGGAGAACGGCCACGCGGAGGGCGGCAGGGAGCUCGUGCGGCAAGCCGCAAAGGACGGCGUCCCCCUCGGCUGGAAGGCGCUCGACAUGCUCGCGCGCGCGGCUGAGGACGGGGCGCUGCUCGACCUCGCGAUCGGCCUGCGGGCGCGCGCGGACGCGCUCAAGUCAGAGGAGCGGCGGCAGCGCGGCGGGGAGGGGCAGCGCGGGGGGAUGGCGGCGGGCUACUCCGUGCGGCCGGGGCGGCCGGGGGAGCUGUGA